AUGAGUCUCGCACGUCCGGCCCGAUGCCUCUUCUGCAGCUUCUCGCGUGCGGCCUCCGCCGGCCCUCGCGUGCCUAGUCGCCAGUUCCACUUGUCAUCGAUACAGCUCUCCGAUCGGAAACCGAAGGUCCCUGAAGUCAACAAGGCCCCCGAAGGAAAGACCCUGGAUGAAAUCUACCGGGAAGUGAAGCUCGACGACUUCAAGCACUACACCGAGGAGGAAAAGGCCGCCCUCCGGGAAGAAUACUCGCCCGAACAGAUCGCCGCCAUUGAGGCCGGUGAGAAGGCCAUUGACCCCAAAGACCUGGCUGAACAGUUCCGUCUUCGUCGGGAUCCCAUGAGAUUGAAGUAUCUCGAUGAUUUCUCGGUCAUUGAACCCGGCGUCGACAAGCACGUUCGCGCCCCCAAGUCCAACUCCGACUACAACGCGACAUUCAAGACCGAGGAUGAUUUCAUGGAAGACUUUGCCCGCUUCUUCGCCGAAUCAUCGGAGGAUCCCCAGCCGGCAGAUUUCGUACGAUUCCUCGAGACCACCCGGGUGACUCACGGCAAGGAGGAGAACGAGCUCAACGGACACAGCGCGCUCGCACCCAAUCUCUUGAACGAUGGGGAGACCUUGGAACACAUGGGCGACGAGGUGGUGGCAAGGCCGCAAUACCGCACAAAGACUGGGGAGCUUACGUUCUUGAACCCCGACGAACCCAACGAGGCGGAGAAGAGACUCUUCCAGGUCACGGGCUUCGGUAGAGAUUACCUCAAGUCUCUGUACAUCAAGGACCUCGUUAUUCGCCGUGUCAGCAACCAGACUCGACUGGGUAAGGUCCCAAGUAUGUCCGUCGUUACGGUCGCCGGUAACCAGAACGGUCUUAUGGGUAUCGGAAUCGCCAAGUCCGAUGAAAUUAUCGAUGCCUGCCAACAAGCUCGCGCUCGGGCUGUCAAGAACAUGCAACCUGUGCCGCGCUACGAGAAGCGGACCAUCUUCGGUGACGUCGAGGGCAAGGUCGGAGCUGUGCAGUUGAAGUUGAUGCACCGCCCCCCAGGUUUCGGUCUCCGCUGCCAGCAUCUGAUCUUCGAAAUGUGUCGUGCGGCCGGUAUUCACGAUAUCGCAGCCCGUGUCAACCGCUCCAGAAACCCCAUGAACACAGUUAAGGCAGCCUACGAGGCGCUCAUGAGCCAGCGCAACCCCGAGGAUAUUGCCCGUGCCCGGGGUAAGAAGAUGGUCGAUGUACGGGGAGUGUACUAUUCCGGAAGAGGCAUUCAACAGGACAUGUAUGCUCGCCCGGUUCGUGAUCGGGAACAUCGUGAGCGGCCGUCCCGGGAAGCUCGGCGAGCUUGA